GUCCUAUUUUUCCUUGUCUGCGGUCGCACUCUUUCUCCUCUAUUCUUGUGCAGUUUCCAACAACGCCACUGGUUUGAAGUCCGGAAAUAACGCUACUUACGAUGCUGGAUGAGGAAGUUGAGAUGAAAAGCGGCACCGCCGUCCGAUCAACGGUCGCUGAUAGAAGCCCUCGUGGGCGUGAAGGGGGCAAUGUUGAGUAUCGCCAGCGACAGAGACUGGAUAGAUAUUUAAAUUUCUUCUCGUCGCUGGCAUUCUCCGCAACCCUGCUGGCGUCGUGGGAAUCGGCUGGUGGGAGUUUGCAAGCUGGUCUGUACAACGGAGGGCCGGCGGCCAUCGUGUAUGGGAUCAUCAUCAGUGGACUGGGAAACCUGGCCAUUGCCACUUCAUUGGCCGAACUGGCCUCAGUACACCCCACGGCCGGGGCCCAGUAUCACUGGAGCUACGUCCUGGCUCCAUGCUAUCGUCGCUUCAUCAGUUUCUUCCAAGGAUGGGUCACGGUCUUCUCCUGGUGUGCCCUCGUCUGCAUCUCGCCCUACUUCAUCGGCACCGAAAUCGAAGGUAUGGCAGUCCUCGCCCAUUCCCACUAUGAGGCGACGCGGUGGCAAGGAACCCUCCUCAUGUGGGCUGUCGUCCUGAUCCCGAUCGUCAUCAACAUCUUUGCGCGACGCGUCCUCUCCGUCAUCGAGGUCGCCGCGGGUGUGAUGCACGUCGUCUUCCUCCCCGUCACCAUCGCCACCUUUGUCAUUCUGGCGCCGCGCAACUCCAACGCUUUCGUCUGGGAUACUUUUGUCAGCGGUCUCAGCGGCUGGCAGAACCCGGGUGUUGUUUACUCGGUAGGACUUCUGGGCGUCAUCACCCCCCUAAGCGGUGUCGACGGCAUCAUCCACAUGUCCGAAGAAGUCAAAAACGCCAAAACCGUCAUCCCCCGCUCCAUGAUCUACGGCACCAUCAUCAACUCCAUCAUGGCCUUCGGCUACCUCCUUGCCAUUCUCUACUGCAUGGGUGACUACACCGAUGCCCUGACCAGCAAAACAGGCUACCCCAUCAUCACCAUUGCCUACCAAGCCACCGGAUCCAAGGCAGCCACAUUCGUGCUAAUGGCCAUGGGCAUGCUUCCGGGUUGGAUUGCACUUUUUAACGGUCUCGCGUCCGUGACGCGUCUCACCUGGGCCUUUGCUCGAGACAAUGGUCUCCCCUUUUCUGAUUUCUUCGUCAAGGUCGAUCCCCGAUACAAGAUCCCCAUUCGGGCGCUAUUCCUCGUCACGACUCUGGUUUUCCUCCUUUCUUUCAUUCAGAUCGGAUCCACUGCUGCGUUUAACGCCAUUCUGUCCCUGAGUACCCUGGGAUUAUACAUUUCGUAUCUGAUCCCGUUGGUGCUACUGGUCUUUAAGCGAUUGACGGCCCCCGGGGAUAUUCCUCAGGGAACCUUCUCCUUGGGUAAGUGGGGAUUGCCUAUCAACUUGGUGGCUAUUCUCUUUGCCACGUAUUUCGCCAUCUUCUUGCCGUUUCCUGCCACUUUGCCGGUGACGGGAGAGAAUAUGAAUUAUGCGGGGCCGGUGUUGGGCUUCAUCAUGCUGUUUGCCAUUGGAGAUUGGGUGGUUCGAGGACGGUAUAAGUGGAAUGGACCGACCAUGACAUAUUCGACGGAGUGAGAGCGUUCUCUACUGUUGGUUCAUUGCUUGGGUUCAUGUUUCUUUGGUUGAGUGAUUCUGUUGCCUAGCAUAGACAGUGAAAAUAUAUAUACCC